CAGGAUCAUCCUGAUGGAGAUGGAGGCACACGAGGACGCCUGGCCCUUCCUGGAGCCCGUCAACCCCCGCCUGGUGCCCGGCUACCGCCGCAUCAUCAAACACCCCAUGGACUUUGGCACCAUGCGUGUGCGGCUGCUGCGGGGCGGGUACUCGAGUGCAGCCCAGUUCCGUGCUGAUGCCACCUUGGUGUUCGACAACUGCCGGACGUUCAAUGAGGACGACUCGGCCGUGGGGCGAGCAGGGCACAACAUGCGGCGCUUCUUCCAGAGCCGUUGGGAGGAAUUCUACCAGGGACCCCCCCAGCACUGAUGCUACCUGCUGACUCCCCCCCCCCAACCCUCACCCAGGGC